AUGUCGGGGGCGACGCGAUUGACAUUCUUGUACCCGCAUCUGCUGCGGGCGACCUCGAGAGCGCAGCCGCAGCAAUGGGCGGCAACUGCGAGUCACCGCGCCACCUGGGCUGCGGUCAACCCGAAACGAUCCGUACACGCCCCGCGGCGAGCCAAGAGCUCGUUUGCGCCGAGGCAUGGCAAAGCCGUGGCGCCGGAGGAAUGGGAGCUGCAAAAAGACGAGGCCACUGAGGAAGAAGACGGAGUCGCCACUGCUGAGAACAAGGCCGGCGACGAUGCACCCGUGACGCUGGGAACCGAUGAACCGACGCAGGCUGACGCUGCGCCCACGAAGCCAGAGGCGGCCACACCCCCAAAGCCAGAAUCCGCCGCACCGACGACGAAGACCGAGGCGGGCGACGUCGCGGCGCCGCCCGACGUGAUCCUGGCCGCGGCGCCCCAAGCGCCACCACCGCCGCCUGCCGCUGACAAAACGGGAGCCAAAACGGAAGGCACUGAGCCGGACAAGCCAUCGCGGACGACCGACGGCAGCCGAGAACCGACAGCCGAAGAGAUCAAGACAGCGCUAGCCAAGGAGGCCGCCAAGUCAAGCGGGCCGCUCGAAGCGGUCCUGCACAUGCAGCCGCCGGAGAGCAUGGCGCCGCAGCACCAACCGUCCAUGUCGCCGCCGCCGUACGAGCACCACUUUGACAGCUACUCGCUUGUGAAGCACCUCGAGGUAGAGGGCGGGUACACGACGCAGCAGGCCAUCAUGUCGAUGAAGGCGAUCCGGAAGCUGCUGGCCAAGAACCUGCACGUGGCGCAGCAGAGCCUCGUGAGCAAGAGCGAUGUGGAGAAUGAAACAUAUCUGUUUUCCGCCGCGUGCUCGGAACUCAACACUGAAGUCAAGAAUAAUCGGCGCAUCGCCGAGGAGGAACUUCGUCAGCAGCGGACGCACCUCCAGCACGAGGUGGACAUUUUGACGCAGUCACUGAACCAAGAGGUCGCGACGCUCAACGACACGGUCAAGGGCAUGUACAACGAUCGCAAGCAGGCAGUGCGCGAGGAGCAAAAGGCCAUGGACAGUGCAAUUCAAAAAAUCAGCUACAAAAUCAGCAUCGACCUCACGUCCGACGCCAAGACGGAGAUUGAGGGUGUGCGAUGGGUGCUCAUCUGGCGCUCGGUGCUCGGCAUCGUCGUCAUGGCCUUUUUGACGCUCGGCACGCUGCGCCUGGCGACGUACGAGAAGCAGCGCAAGCAGGAGGAGGAGCGCGUGCGCAAGGCCGAAGAGGGCCAGCGGCGCGCCGAGGAGGCCAAGCAGCGCCGGGAAGAGGAGCGGGAGCGGCGCAAGGAAGAGGACAGGCGCCGGCGGGAGGACGACGAGGCGCGCAAAGAGGAGGUGAGGCGCAGGAGGGAGGUGCAGGCGCUGCAGCGGCAGGAGGACGAGGAGGAGCUCAAGAGAUAUGGCCCGCGCGAGGGCGCGGGUGAUGGCAGUAAGGCGGCCCAGGCAGUGGACGACGUGGAGAGCUUGUCGGCGAAUUAG